CACGGCACGCAGCUGGCUGUCUUACGUCAAUAUAAACAUUGUACACGUGGUGUCUGACGUAGAAGGUUAGCAAGUAGUACAUCAACUUCGUGUGAUCGUGCUCAAUUCCACUGAAUUUCACUCAAGAUGCCUGGUCCCUGCUGCAUUGAUAAAUGCGAGUGCGCCGAGGGAGGCUGCAAGAAAGGUUGCUUGUGCAAGAGCUGUCGCUGCGAACCCUGUGAAAAGUGCACAACGGGGUGUUCUUGUCCCUCGAAGGAGGACUGUGCCAAGACUUGCCCCAAGCCAUGCAAGUGUUGUCCAUAGGCAGCCAUGAGGCGCUUAGCCUGCAUGACAGUCUCUCCCGUGCGGCGGAGUGAGCAGGAGGAGAGGGAGAAGACUAUGAAGAUUGGGACCAGUCGUGUAAUUUGCUAUAGGUUGUGAGAACCUCUACCUUCUCUAGGUCUAUAUUGCUUGACCGUAAAUUAUUCCUGUUAAUGAUCUAUUUUUUUCUAAUAUGUCAAAUAGACCCCCCUUUUAUUUUUAUUAAAUAAAUAAAAAUCAAAU